AAACACUUUGGGCUCAAGUAGGAAUCGACGAACAAAGACGACGUCGUGAAACUCAGGGCACCUUGUCUUCAAAUCACUCGUAGAAGCAAAAAUCCACAACCCAUAAGGAAUUACGAUGCUUCUGGCAAGAUUCCUCGCUUCCAGAUCCACUUGUCUGAGUAUUUCCUCAUUAAUUCCUGCAUUUUAUCACUCAUUUUCAUCACUACCAAAUUCUCAAUCUCCCGAAACAUUCUCCAGUAAUUUUGACGAAUCUCAUGUUCUGAAUCAGCUCUCCGACCUUUUACUCAUCCGUCAGACCCCUUUAACCGAAAAGCCCUUUCCUACAGAAUCCUCUGAUCAAAACAAUCAGUUGGAAGUUAGGGUUUUGGAUGAGCUUUUAACUCCCGAAGAUAAGUUACGGGGCAUUUUCCUUCAGAAACUUCAGGGCAAAACUGCAAUCGACAAGGCACUGACAUCUGUUGACGUAGAAUUAACUGUUGAUUUAGUUGCUAAAGUAGUAAACAGAGGGAAUUUAGAUGCUGCAUCAAUGGUAACAUUUUUCAAUUGGGCUAUCAAACAGCAAAAAAUACCUAUUGAUAAUCAUACUUACUGUAUAAUUCUUAAAGCAUUGGGCAGGAGGAAGUUUUUCAAACACAUGGUUGAAAUGUUGGAGGAUAUGAGGAGUCGAGGUAUAAUCCCUAAUUUAGACACACUUUACAUUGUGGUUGAUAGCUUUGUUCGAGCUCGUCGCAUUUCAAAGGCUAUAGAAUUGUUUAGUGGAUUAGAGGACUAUGGGUUGAAAUGUAAUACUGAGACACUUAAUGUUGUUUUACAGUGUUUAUGUUGUAGAUCUCAUGUAGGUGCUGCGAGUUCAUUGCUUGUGAAAAUGAAAGCGAAAGUCUCAUUUGAUGUUUCAACUUUUAAUAUUGUCAUUGGUGGGUGGUCGAGAUUUGGAAGAGUUAAGGAAGUUGAGAGGAUCUUGAAAGAAAUGGUGGAUGAUGGAUUUGAGGCAAACAAUUUGACUUACAGUUAUCUUCUUGAAUGUUUAGGGAGAGCUGGUCGAAUUGAUGAAUCCGUUGAGAUUUUUGAGGGGUUGGAGGAAAAAGGGUGUGUGCUUGAUGCUGCGAUCUACAAUGCAAUGAUUUCGAAUUUUAUUUCACAUGGUGAAAUUGAUGAAUCUGUCAAAUAUUAUGGGAGGAUGUUAAAUACGGGUUGUGAGCCAAAUGCCGAUACAUAUAUGAAACUAAUAUCUGCUUUUCUCAAAGCUAGAAGAGUAGCCGAUGCCAUUGAAAUGUUCGAUGAAAUGUUAAGCCGGGGGAUGAUUGUUACAACAGGGACUUUAACCUCUUUUCUUGAGCCUUUAUGUAGCUAUGGUCCACCCCAUGCAGCUUUGAUGAUUUAUAAGAAGGCGAGACAAGCUGGAUGUAGGAUAUCCUUGACUGCAUAUAAGUUGCUGCUUAUGCGGCUUUCUAGGUUUGGGAAAUGUGGUAUGUUGUUAAAUAUCUGGAAUGAGAUGCAAGAAAGUGGUUAUUCUUCUGAUAUGCAAAUUUAUGAGUAUGUCAUCAAUGGGCUUUGUAACAUAGGGCAGCUUGAAAAUGCUGUUCUGGUGAUGGAGGAAGCUUUACAGAAAGGAUUUUACCCUAGCAGGCUUAUUUAUAGCAAACUAAACAACAAGCUACUAGCUUCAAAUAAAAUAGAGAUUGCAUACAAGCUUUUUCUAAAGAUAAAAGUUGCACGUGGAAACCAUAAUUCGCAAUCAUACUGGCGUGCUAAAGGGUGGCAUUUCUAAUGUUUGGGGACUCCGCUGAUUUAUGCGACUGUUUCUAAUUAUCUGUUUUCAGAAUGAUGAACAUAAGAAUAAUCAACCUUCACUGCCCUAAGCUACCCCUGGUAAUGAACUGAAGCUGCUUCUUUAUUUUCCUAAUGGGUAACCACUGCCAUGUAUAGCAGGGUAAAAUUUGAGAAAUUAUGUGAAGCAGCAGGGUCUGAAGUAUUGUUUUGCAUUAUCAUGGAGGGGAUAAUGUUUGAGAAAUUUCUUGAAGUACCGGGGGCUGAAGUAUUACUCUUCUUUGCUGGAAGUUGUUCUGUGGAAUCUAUGGAAAAGUCAUUCCAAUCUGAGUCACAUAUUUAUUUUUGACCUUUGAAGUGAGUGCUGCUAGUUGGAGUCAAAUUGUGUAGCUGGUAAUGAAUGUAUUCCUACUUCUGUGGCCAUGAAAAGUCAUUGAAAGAAUUCUCUAUCUUGUUUAUUAUGAACAAGCAUUGUAGAAAAACGAGAAUCAUGACUCGGGCGCGUCCUUAACCAUUAAUCUGAAACAUAACUGCCUUUAACCCCCAGGGAAGGGAGUCGUUUAAUGAAAUUCAACUUGUAAAGAAUUAGCCUUGUGACUCACUCAAAUGAUAUGGUCUGACUGAUCGGUGACAGAUACUAAGUUAUUCAGGAAAUGAGAUUCUUCAAAGCUACUGGGUAACUUCUCAGUACGCAUUUCUGUUGGUAGUGAUGUACUUCCAUGUGAUAUGGGGGAAGGUCUGAUAUUGAGUGAGGAUAAGGAUGAAAUGACUGCAUUGCUGGGCGGGAAGUGGGAACUGAGAAGGUUGAUACUAUCUUGGGCGGAUGGAUGAAAAGGAAAUUUCCUGCCGUAAGAGUCCUCCUUAAACCAGCUCCGAGCUCCUAUUAGGAAAUUUCAAAGUUAUACAUAUAACAAUUAUUAUCAGGAUAAAAUGAUUCAGUGGCCCAAAGUGAUAUGUGAUGAAGCAAGAAGAUAUGAGGUCUCAAUGUUGCAUUCUGCAUCUUAAUCUUGUAUAAAAUUCAAAGAAAGGGGUGCAGCUCUUCCAACCAACACUCCUGGAAUUCCAUGCACUUUGAUCCUCAAGGAAGAGCUGGUAUAUGUGGUGAUUGGCUACUUGGCUCAAGUUUAGAAGCUGCAGCUAUAAGUGGCAUAGCUCUUACUGAUCAUGCUGAAAGGUAAUUCCUAAGCUUGUUAUAUAUUUCUGAAUGCAGACUGUAGGGCCUUCCUACAGAUUGCAAAUUACUUCGAACAAGGUGGACCUUGCUCAUGAGUUUGCCGUUGUUUUGCACGAGGAGUAUAAGCCACUUGGAGGACAUGAUAUAGGACAGUUCCCAGGACUUGAAUCUGUUGAUCAGACCACAAAGGCCCCAGCUUUGACACUCACUACAUGAAUUAAUCCUGAAACAGCUUUUUUUGAUGAUUAGUUGGUAAAAGCGAGUGAACAAAAUAAGACUCACUAUCAGAACAAGCAAUUUGCAGUGCUGAUUAUAUCACUUUUGCUUAGAAAAGGUUCCAACUCGAUAAGAUAUAAUUAAGGCCGAGUGGGAUUUCCUAAACCUUCAACCUUAGGUAGAGAAGAAAAAUACUCAGAAGUCUGUCGUCCUUGUCCUCGAACAGUAUCUUCUUGUUCGGCUGCCCCCAUUUGAAGAUGGCCUUGAUGUCUCCCCACAUCUUUACCAUGAAUUUACCCUUCUUAUUUUUCUCCUCCUCCUUCUGGAUGUCUGCCUGAAGAUCGACAUGGGCCUUGGCCAUAUUGCCAUAUGCUGCCUCGAGCCUGCUAACAGAAUCUGCUAACUUCUUUUGAGACUCUGCCUCAUGAAAAGUUAGCAGAUUCUGUUAGCAGGCUCGAGACAGCAUAUGGCCAAGGCCCACAUCGAUCUUCAUGCAGACUUCCAGAAGGAGAAAAAUAAGAAGAAGGGUAAAUUCAUGGUAAAGAUGUGGAAAGGCAUCAAGGCCAUCUUCAAAUGGGGGCAGCCGAAAAGAUACCGGUCGAGGACAAGGACAACAAUGAGGAGCUGGCUGCUCAACAGAAGCGGACGUGUAGCCGCAGACUCGGCUCCGCAAAUGCGAACUUCUACUGCAGAAGCGGCUCCGCAAAAGCGGAUUUUCAAUAGCAGGUUCGAUCCCAGUGGAACUUUGGCAAUUCCGCAGAUGCAGACAGAAUUACGUAGAUGCGGAAUCACUGACUGCAUUUGCGUUACUUUCAACUCUUUUUUGCUCAAUUCCACUUCAUUUGAUUUCAACUCUUUUCAAGACUCAUUGUACCUGAAAUACUAGCAAUGUGCAACAUAAAUUACCUCAUCUUACAAUUAAAGGAUACAAAAACUAAAGAAAAGAGACUAAAAUAAAUGGUAAAAUCACCACUCAUCAAAGUCAAACCCUGAUGAUACUUUGAAUUUCCGUUGGUGAGCAAGUUUAUUAGAACCUUGAACUAUGAAUCCCACAAUUUCAGGAAGAAGCUUUUGUAGCUUGAAUAUGCAGUGUGUCAUAGUGUACGAGAACUCUGAUUACAUAUAGAUGGUUUGGUAGGACCCCAAAAAGAUGAUGAUGUAGGUAGUUUUUGCCGAAGGAAAUUAUUCUUGACAAUUCUGUGUUUUGGGCAUAAAAUGACUGCGAUUGUUAUGAAGUUUGUGAAUGAAAAUAGAGUGUUGUACUCGAGUUAGAUGCUGAAAGUACCUUUUCUUGUAAAAGGAGUACUUGAAAUAACACGAGAAAGCCAGAAUUACAUCAAGCAAAGAAAGGUACUUUUGUCUGGAUGGUUACAACUUGCAACAGAGCAUCAAACUAACAAGACCCCAUGUUUCCAACUAUUUAAGGAGCGAACGUAUUAUAAAUUUUCUGAUGGAUAGCUUCAUUAUCACAUAUCAACCUCUGUAAAGCAUAGCCUCCAAAUCUUCUACAUUAGCAUCACUUUUCAUGUAUUCUGAAACAAAUUGCCUGUACUGUACAUGUUAUCUCGAAAAGAUCUUAUCUCAUUUGCUUGUCUACUAAUUAAAUUGGACAAGUUGUGGCUUCAAAUUCCAAUUCUGGUGAAGGUACAUCGCUAUGCUAUUAUGUUUCCAGUAAUUUGACUACUGAUAUGAUGUUUUCUUCCUCCAAUUGUACGUCCCAGAAAAAGAAAGAAUUUGAAAUAUAGGCUGUGUUAUUGAUUUCAUACAUUGUUAAAUACGCGAGCAGGUUAUUUUUUUGCGUGCAAAGGUUGGCAUUCCACAAAAUCUCUGCCAUUCUUCAAUUCUAGUUUCAAUUUAUACACAGGUGGAACAUAUGAGAUUGGAUGGACUGUUGCAGCAGUACUUCCUGUAUGUACAUAGCUUGGCGAUAUAGACGAGGAUGAAAAUUCACAUUUUAUGUGAUAAAGCAUGAUUUGGAACUUAAUGUCUCUGUGUCUAAUGCUAUUGCCUUGAUAAACAUGUUGCCAAAUUUUGACUUGCAGAAAUGGUCUCUGAUGCUAUGGUGGGAAGGAAUUUAUAUCAUGAAUCUCGUUAAUUGCUGCAUACGAGAAAAAAUAUUAUGCCAGAUAAAGCCCUAAAUUAAAUUACUUUCAGGAGAUGAUGUUAAAGGGAAUUCAACCUGACUUACUGCUUUAGUGAGCUUGCGCUUCUAAUAUUGCUAGGACCAAAAAGUUCCUUUGAGCAGAUCUUUUCAUGGAUUUAUAUUUGAGGCGAUAUUGGAUUGAGGAAGAUGUUACUUUGGGGAAUGCAGUGAUUGAUAUGUAUGCUAACUUGGGUUUUAUCGAUUGCAGUCAUGAGGUUAUUGAAGUGAUUCCUGUUAAAGAUGUAGUUUUGUGAAGCAGAGUGACCACAAUUAAUGUUCAAAAUGGCCUUGCAAGAGAGACUAUUGAAGUGUACAACGUGAUGAAUGACUAUGAUGCAUUUGCACCCAUCCAAGGACCUUGGAUGAGCGCCUCGCCAGCACAUGCCAUUUAGGUGUUUGAGGUUGCUCUUCAUCUGGAUAUCUUUAUUGUACAUUCCUCAUCGACCUCUAUGGAAAAUGGACAAGGCUGGAAUUCCAUGUCUUUAUUUUAUGAGGCAUCUAGGAUCAAUUCAGUCACUUAUAACGCGAUAAUAUCAUCUCAUGGUAUCCAUGGGAAUGGUAUGAUAUAAGUAUAUAUUUCUGCGACUAUUUAAGGUUAUGCUGGAAAUUUUUCUCUAUUGGCAGUUGUAGGCCAUUCAGAAUCAAGUACAUUCGUGCAAUGGAGCCGGAGUUGGUAUUAAACCUAUACUAAAGCAUUUUAUCUGCAUGGUAUUGGUGGAUCUGUUUGAAGGGGCUGAGGACCUAGAAAUGACAAAGCAUUUGAUGAGAAGCAUUACCUUUCGGCCCGAUGCUUUGCUCUGGGGUGUUCAUCUUGUUGCUUGUAGACUUUGUGGAAAUGUAGAGCUGGGUAAAUAAUUGGCUUCAGAUAAUUUGUUUGAAGUCGACCCCGAGAAGUGUCGGUCUUGAAUUCCUUGGAUCGUGAUAUAUGUAUGGGAUAUUAUUUCUUUAUUAGUCCGUUUUAAAAAGAAAAA